AUGAACUUCUUGACACAGGACAUGCUCUUGGACCUGAUUGACAGCAUGGGCUUCCGUGGACAAUAUGUGAUUUGGAUGCACAGGAAGGCGAGCAAAGUGGCAGAAUUCUUUUCAAUACAGCGGUUACUUGUGGUGGCUGUCUUGCUCUUUGUUCCCCAGCCCUGCAAGACCUCGAACAUUGAAGCCUGUUUUUUUCCAAGGAUUUCUUGUACCUCCCCAUUGAUUUCCAGACCCAUGCGUGCCUGGGCUAUGCGUUCGUCAACUUGGUGGAUCCAGGCUCGAGGGCUUGUUCUGGGACAGUGCCAGGGAUGUCAUCCGGAUGAUUUCUACGUGUGGCCCCACAAUGAGUGGAGGAGCCUGUUUGUGCUCAUCUCCUCUUGUAGAGAAUGGAAGAAGGAAGAAGCGGAGUUACCAAGGCAAGGUGCAUUGUCUUUCUGA